CAGAUAAGCUGUUAAUUUAAAAAAAUUCCCAAACCAACAUAUUAUUAACGUGUAAAAAUAAUGGUUGUCAUUUACCUUGUUGUCAUCAAUCAGGUUUUUGAUUGUUUAAUGUUUUUUCGUCAUAUGAGCUUAGUUGUACAUUUUGGUACUUCACUACGAUUUAAUAGCUAAAAUAAACAUGCUCUUCUUUUAGUAGAGGGGAUAUGUACUUAACGUUUUGGUAUAUAUUAUAAGUGUUAAAUGCAUGUAAUAUUAUAAGUUUAACAAUGUUUCAUCAAAGUGUUUGUGUUCUUUUCUGUGCUGUUUUAUAUGUAUGCAGUGCGAGCACUUUUGAGCACGAUCAUGAACUAGGGCACGAUGGGGAAUUCUUGCUGGAAUUAGAUCCAGUUUACCAUAGCCCUAGAGUCAACCGAGCUACAUUACCUUUUCCGCUACUUGCUGGAGCAAUAUCUAACGCAAAUGCCAACGUUGCAGUUGGAGGAUUGACCGGUAGCUCGGUCACCAAGGCUAACGCUGGUGCUUCAGCAGAAGGUGGUAUACUCUUCCCAGGAAAAUUUGGAAUUUCUGUGGGAUUUGAAGGGACACGUGAUAGACAUCCACCACCACUACCACCACCACCUCCAUUCGGUGGACCUGGAAUUGGAUAUGCACAAUCUAAUGCUGGUGCUAGCGCCUCUGCAGGAUCAAUAGCAGGUGGAGGAUAUUCAUUAUACGGUGGGCCUUCAAUAGCGCAAGCUAAUGCUGAUUCCACUGCUUCUGCUGGAUCGGGAGGAUUUGGAGGAUAUCCAUUCCAAACAGGCGGAUCUUCAGUUGCACAAGCCAACGCUGAUGCCACUGCUUCUGCUGGCUUGGGAGGAUUUGGAGGAUAUACAGUCUUUCCAGGCGGAUCUUCAGCAGCUCACGCGAACGCUGAUGCCGGAGCUUCUACUGGAACAAGAGGAAUUGGAGGAUAUCCAUUCGGAGCAGAUGGGUCUUCAGCAGCGCACGCCAACGCUGAUGCCAGUGCUUCUACCGGAACACGAGGAAUUGGAGGAUAUCCAUUCGGAGCAGAUGGAUCUUCAGUAGCGCACGCCAACGCUGAUGCCAGUGCUUCUUCCCGAACAAGAGGAAUUGGAGGAUAUCCAUACCUAACAGACGGAUUUUCAGCAGCGCACGCCAACGCAGAUGCCAGGGCUUCUGCUGGAUCAAGAGGAGUUGGAGAAUAUCCAUUCGGAGCAGACGGAUCUUCAGCAGCACAUGCCAACGCUGAUGCCGGUGCUUCUACUGGAACAAUAGGAAUUGGAGGAAAUCCAUUCCUAACAGGCGGAUCUUCAGCAGCACAUGCCAACGCUGAUGCCAGUGCUUCUGCUGGAACAAGAGGGAUUGGAGGCUAUCCAUUCCUAACAGGCGGACCUUUCGUAGGAGGAUUGGCACAAGCCCACGCGGAUGCAAUCUCAAGAGUAGCGAGAGCAAUUCCAUUGCUAACGGACGGACCUGUACUUGGCGCAGUGCAAGCUCUCGCCAGUGCCACUGCUUCUGCGGAAUCAGGAGGUAUUAGAGGGCCAUUUCUACUAGGCGGACCAGCACUUGGAGGUGGUGUUGGUGGAAGUCAAGCUGAUGCACGUGCUCAAAGCCAUAGCUUCAGUGGACUUGGUUUUUCUGCAUCAUCAGCUUCAGCAAGUAGUUCAAGUAGAUCGCAAGGCUAGGAAGAUCAUGCAGGCAGCUUUGGUUACGGCAAUGCUACUGUUGCUACUUAGACUGCAUUUAUUUAGAUAUUAUAUAUGUGGAUGAGGUGGUGCCAAUGAAAUAUAUUUUUUUAAUUUUGUA